AUGACUGCUGUCAACGACUUCUACACUCUUUCAGUGAAAGCUGAGUACAAGUCAAGGCCUCUUGUAUUUGGAGGAGGGCUCUCAGGCUACUACGAAUUCACGAAGUUAGAAUUCCAUUGGGGAUCGGACGAGACCCAGGGAUCAGAACACACCAUUGAAAGUGUGCAGUAUCCUCUUGAGCUCCACAUGGUGCACUCUCAAGUUGGCCUGACGUCGGAAGAAGCCCUGAGCCAACCCCAGGGUCUCGCGGUGCUGGCAAUCUUGUUCGAGCUUUCGACGACCGACAAUCCCGUCCUGGACCACAUACUGAGAGCCAUUGAUAACAUCAACACCGCACCUGAUCACAUGGCGCAGGUCUUUCACCCGUACGCGUUGGCUUCUCUGCUACCUGACGACGUUCGCCGCUACUACCGCUACGACGGCAGCCUCACCACGGGCGUUUUCAACGAGGCCGUCGUCUGGACCGUCUUCGCGCAGCCCCUCCACGUCUCCAGGGCUCAGGUGUACCGUUCGUGGCUUUAG